AAUUAACAUCCUUGGUUACAAUGAAUGUUGUUCGAACUUCUUUGACUUUGUAGUGCGACGUAUAAACAAAACAAAAUAACACAUGUUGCUUGCUGUUAAGUUGCAGUGAUCGUGGGUGUGGAUGAGUAAAGAAGAAAUCCGUGGACUGGAAAAGUAUACAAACAGCAAUAUGGCUACUGAUGUUCUGGGAUUUGUUGAUCCUGAAGCAGCUAAUACUGAUGAUGAAAGUGAAGCAACAUUUAAAAAAAAGGGAGGAGGGUCCAAAAAGUCAGGAGGCUUCCAGUCCAUGGGAUUGUCGUACACAGUUUUAAAAGGAAUAAAAAAACGAGGAUACAAGAUUCCGACACCAAUUCAGAGAAAGACAAUACCAUUGGUUCUAGAAGGUAGAGAUGUCGUUGCAAUGGCUAGAACAGGUAGCGGUAAAACAGCUUGUUUCCUUAUACCAUUGUUUGAGAAACUCAAAAUGAGAACUGCAAAGACUGGGGCGAGAGCUUUAAUUCUUUCUCCAACACGAGAAUUGGCUCUGCAGACCCUGAAAUUCAUUAAAGAACUUGGCCGUUUCACUGGUCUGCAGGCAGCUGUUAUUUUAGGUGGUGACUCAAUGGAAAGUCAAUUUAGUGCAAUUCAUGGUAACCCUGAUAUAAUAGUCGCUACUCCUGGGCGACUGCUGCAUAUUUGUGUUGAAAUGGAACUGAAAUUAAACAGUGUCGAGUAUGUUGUGUUUGAUGAAGCUGACAGAUUAUUUGAAAUGGGAUUUGGCGAGCAACUCAGAGAAAUUGUGAAUCGCCUUCCAGAGUCUCGUCAGACGCUUCUGUUCUCAGCGACUCUUCCAAAAGUGCUAGUUGAGUUUGCUAAAGCUGGUCUUUCAGACCCAGUUCUCUUACGAUUAGAUGUUGAAUCUAAGUUACCGGAUAGUCUGACGCUUGAAUUUAUUUGUUGUCGUUCAGAUGACAAAUCUGCAGCCUUGCUUUGCCUGCUGAAGCACGUAAUUAAAUUAGAAUCACAAACUGUACUAUUUGCUGCAACAAAACACCAUGUGGAAUAUUUACAUAUGUUACUUGAUAAGGCAGGAAUAUCAAACACUUACAUAUACUCCAAUCUUGAUCCAUCUGCUCGGAAGAUAAAUGCAGCAAAAUUUCAGUGUGGUAAAGUAUCAGUCCUUAUUGUGACUGAUGUAGCUGCAAGAGGCAUUGACAUACCACAGUUGGACAAUGUAAUCAAUUACAACUUCCCAGCAAAAUCAAAAUUGUUCAUCCAUAGAGUGGGACGUUGUGCAAGAGCUGGUCGCAGUGGAACAGCUUACUCCUUGGUUGCUGCAGAUGAAUAUGCGUAUUUAAUGGACCUUCAUCUCUUUCUUGGAAAGCCACUUCAGGAAGAUUUUCACAUUGGACGCAUUCCGCAAGAUCUUUUGGAGGAAGAGCAAACCAAUUUACUUAGCUGGCAUGAAAAUUCAGUUGAUCUGUCUAACAUGAAGCGGGUGUGCAGUAACGCGUACAAGCAGUAUCUUCGUUCACGUCCUGGCGCAUCAACAGAGAGUAUGAAGAGAAUAAAAGAAAUUAAUUGGGACACAUUUCAUUAUCAUCCUUCAUUUUCAUUUGGAGACAAAACAGAGGCUGAGAAAAUAUCUUUCCUAACUGAAAUGAAAAAGUACAGGCCAAAUGGGACUGUGUUUGAGAUAGGACACAAUUCAACUUCCAUUGUUUAUAAAGUCAUGAAAACAGCACGCAUGAAGCAUCGUGAAGCAAUAGAAAACUAUAAAAGGAAACAUUCAGAAACAGAACAGGAGAAUUCAGAAAAUUUAUCUAAGGUACCAGUAACUUCAUUGCCAUCUAGUAAUGCUGAAGACAUCAAGGAUACCUUCCACGAUGUAAUAGGCCCAAGGAAAUUUUCGUUGCAAUCGUUGUAUGAACCCAAGAAAAAGAAAAGAAAAGUGGCAGUUGAUAAAGAUAACUACAUUCCUUAUUUUGCACCAGAUCAGCACACUGAAAAGGGUCUUUCUGUAAAUAACUUUCAGUCAGAAGCGUCAAAAUUUCAGCUGGAUUUGACAGCAGACAAUGAAGAUUCCCUGAAAUUGCAGAAAAAACUGAUGCGUUGGGAUCGAAAGAAGAAGAAAAUGGUUGGUGUGGAUCAGGGAACAAAAGCUGGCAAGAUACGCACCGAAUCUGGAGCCUGGAUACCCGCAACUUAUAAAAGCAACAGGUACUCGCAGUGGAAAGAGAGAAGCAAAAUAUCUCAGCAGGAUGAACAAGAUGAUGACACAGAUGAAGAUUCCAAAAACAGGCCUACUAAAGGACUGAAAGCUGUUCCGAGCACUCACUGGGGUCGUCACAAUAUGAAGGUACAAGAAAAAAUGAGACGAUCAGAACUCAAGAAACCUGAACAGAUCUUGAAAGCCAGAAUGUUGCAAGAGAAAAAGAAAAAGAAAUAUCGUAAGAAGAAAUCUAAGAGGCGUCAUUAAUAUCUUGUAUCACAUGUAUAUAAGAGAUUCGUUUGCAAUCUGUAAAAUGGAUAUCGAUUCAGUAAAAGAUGUUUAAGGUUAUUAAAGUUAAAA